UGAAUGUGUCCAGCGGUUCAAUUUCCUCAUGUCUCAUUCGUAAACAACAGAGGUUCCUCGGGGAUUUUGCUUUCUCGUUCUUUUUAUCAGGCAUUCCUUUUUGAUUUCGUAUUUGUUUCGUUGGGGACGUCUUUCAUUUUUGUUUCCCACACGCACUUCACAAGCAAAGCGAAUAGAGCUUCAGUGACAUACACGCAUUGGACAUUGGUUGGACCUUGUAUAUAUAUUGGAUAGUAAAUACGCUGAUUAUCUGAAAUAAUACAAAAUUAAAUAAUACUGUAAAUAGAAUUGGUUUAUGAAGGAAUUUAAUCUAAUAAUAUAUCUGGGAACAGCACGAAAUACAAUACUCCCAUUAUGGAUGACGUUGUUAAAUUGGAGUACCUUGUGUGCGGGGAAAUACUGGCUCCAAUUUCCGUCAAUGCGAAGGAGCAAUUCUUCUUGAAAUGCCUGGAAUGCGAUGAAUAUUUUACGAUGUUGGAAGAGUUUAUAAUGCAUUAUCAGUACUGUCAUAAUGAUAAAUUUAAGAUGACAAUGCAUUCUCCCGACACGAGUAACGCCCAAUAUCAACGUGAAGUGGAUAUACAGUAUGCAGAUGAAUGCCAGGAAGAUCGUGACAUCCAUGAAGAAAAUGAUGUUGAAGAAGUCAAGGAUGAAAAUGAAGAAAAUUAUGAAGCUGAAUAUGCGUUGGUCAAUGAAAGUCAAGAUAAUAUCGACGAGGAUUUUGGGGAGGAAGAAGUUCACAACUUUAAAGACAGUGAGGGAGAGGAUGGAAGUGGUGAUGAUGAUAAUGAAAUUGGUGAUAAUGAAAUUGAUGAUAAUGAAGUUGAUGAAGAUGCUGAAAUUGAGAUGUAUGACGAAGAAAACGACAAAGCUGACGAUGACGACGAACUACUGCAGGACGCCGACGAUAGCCAAGAGGAAUACGACGAUGAAGGAUCCCAAGAUUUUGAUAGGAUUGAAACAUCUAACAAUGAUGACGAAGAUCCUCUAGCCCACACUCACAAAGAGGAAAUUAAGAAAGCCCGUGCAUUUGUUAGUAAAUUCCUAGAAUGUGACGAUAAUUGGAAAGCCUUUAUGAGAGCAUAUGAAAAAGUACCACAACUAUGGGACCCGAAACUAUUUCCAAAAAAAUUAAACAACGAUGAACGUAAUGCAUAUCUGCAGAAAAUUGCAAACGAAAUAAAAAGUGAACGAAACAUAGAGCUUGAUACAAACCUUGUUGGUCUUACAACAGUUCGUGUGCGACAACAUUUCAGAAUCAGAAUAAACCGCUUUAAAACGGCCGAGGAUCGUCACGAUGCAAUUGAGAACAAAAUUGUGCCUAAAUGGUAUUUUGAGGCAUACGCAUUCUUAGAACUGACCCUGGAACAGCUAUCUAUCGUCAAUUUUGAUUCACAACGAAAGCAUUUACGAAAAGAACAAAUUUUGCAAAUUAUUCAAAUAUAUCAAAGAUUUCCAAAUCUAUGGAACACAAACUUGGCCGAAAAUGUUUGUUUCAAUAAACGACAGGAAGCACUUGGGGAAAUGUCCCAAGUAAUACGCCGUGAAAUGGGCUUGACAAUCAAAGAGACAUCCUUAAGAAAAUAUUUGCAAAGUUUGCAUGUCCAUUUUGCCAAAGAGAAGAGCUUGCUGCUUGAUAACCAAGACAAGAAGCCGGAAAGCGAGUUGUUAUACUACGAUCACAUGAAAUACCUGAAUGAUCACGUUGGUCCUCUUAUGUGUGAGUUUUGUGGGCGGAAGCAUAAAAGUCCGCUGUUUUUAAAGGUACAUAUCUAUGAGUCGCACCACCGCGAUGACCCAUUAAGAUGUCCAAUAUGCAGCAAGGAAUAUGAACACGUUCAGCCCUACGUGGCCCAUGCUCGAAGACACAUGGAUGAUUUGCAGGACGAAUGUAAGGAAUGUGGUAAGCGCUUCAUAAGACUUGCCGAUCUCCGAACACAUAUGCGUACCCAUACCGGUGUUAGACCAUUCUUUUGUGAUGUAUGCGGAGCAUCGUUUACCAAACGUUAUUCUCUGACUGAGCAUAGCCGUCGCCACGAAAAAGUCUACAAAUUUUUUUGUGACAUUUGUUCAAAGGGAUUCUAUGAAAGAGCCAAAAUGAACAGGCACAAGAUUUGUCAUUCGGAUAUACGCAAAUAUUGCUGCAGCAUAUGCGGCAAAGCUUUUAAGACGCGAAGACACACAAAAAUACACGAAUCCACUCAUGCAGAUUCGCGUGAGUUCCCAUGUCCCCUGUGUGGAAAAUUAUUUAAAAAUAAAAUUGGAGUUACGCAUCAUCUGAGAACUCAUCGUAAGAAUAUGGAGACCGUAUUGAGUCCGUUUACAAUGGAUCCUCUAGAAAAAACUCUGCAGGGCACAAAUAGUAACAACGAUGUUUGCCAUGCUGAAAAAUCAAUUGAAAAAACUUUUUCGGACUGUGGCGAUGAGUUGAUGGGCGAACAUAGUAAAUCAUUUGUCAAGGAGUUCUUAAAAUGUGAUCUUAACUAUAAAGCAAUUUUAUUCGCUUAUCAAAAUCAACCUAGCCUUUGGAAUCGAAAUCUAUUUCCAAACAAGUUAAACAACGAUGAACGGAAUUUAUGUCUGAAAAACAUUGCACUGGAAUUGAAAACUGCACGAAACAUUGAAUUGGACACGAGCAUGGUAACCAGACAUACCUAUUGUGUUAAGUUGCGACGUUACAAAACAAUUGAGCAACGCAAGGCAGCGGAAAGAAACAAAAUUGUACCUGGCUGGUAUUUUAAGCAAUUGGCAUUUUUGCAGCCAAUGAUGGAUCAUUUUACAAUAACCAAACUGGAUUCACAGCGGACAAAUCUGACAAAGGAGCAAAUCAUACAAAUACUUGAGAUAUACAAGAACUUCCCAGUUCUAUGGAAUACUUCAUUGGUUGAAAACGUUUGUUCCAACAAACGACAAGAGGCUCUCGAACGAAUGUUGAAGCCAAUUCACAAAGAAAUGGGCUUAAAAAUUAAUGUUAGUAUUUUGCAACAAUAUUUGGAUAGUAUUCAUGCACAUUUAUCCAAAGAGAAGACCAUGCUUCUCAAAAACAAUAAGAAUAAUGAAAACAUUUCCAUGUACUAUGAUCACAUGAAGUUUUUACACGAUCAUGUUGGGCCUUUUUGCUGUGGCAUUUGUGGGCGAAGGAAUAGAAGCCCACUUCAUUUAAAGGUGCACAUCUAUCAGAAACAUAAUCGCAACGAUCCGCUUCGAUGUCCAAUGUGUAACAAGAUUUAUCAGCAGAUGGAACCCUAUGUCGCACAUGCCAGACGCCAUAUGAAUGACUUACGGGUCGAAUGCAAGGAAUGUGGAAUGUUCAUAAGACAUGCCGAUCUGCGAGUACAUAUGUAUACUCAUACCGGAAUAAAGUCAUAUUGUUGUGAAGUAUGUGGUUCUGUAUUUACCACAGCUUCAGCGUUAGUUGAUCACAAACGUCGCCACGAAAAGCUGUAUAAAGUAUUUUGUGAAAUUUGUUCGAAGGGAUUUUACUACGAUGAAAAGUUGAGAGAACAUAUGACCACACAUACCAAUAUACGCAAUUAUGCAUGCGGUAUUUGUGGCAAGAAAUUUAAAGCCAAAAAGACACUUAAGGCACACAAAUCUACACAUGAGGAAGGCCGUAACCAUCCAUGCCCACUGUGCGGAAAAAUGUACAAGAAUAAAAUCGGCGUUUCCCAGCAUUUGAGAACACAUCGCUCAAAUGAAUAUAUUGAAUAUAUUCUUUGUGGAGAAAUAUUAGUAGCACCUGCGAUAGAUUCGAAAGAUCAAUACUGCCUGAAAUGCAACGAAUGCAGUGAAUACUAUUCAACAUUGGACGAGUUUAUUGCCCAUCAUCAAUCGGACCACAGUGUUGAUGAUCUGGAAAAUAUUUCAUCAUCACCUGCUUCAGAAGUGGAAUGCAAUGAGGAAUAUUUAGAAAUAUAUUCACCGCUAUCCGUCAAGGCGGAGCAUUCGAAUGAUGGCUGUGAAGUAGCACCUCCACUGUCUCCAACAAGCUACAGCGAAACACAAACACACGAUAAAAAUAUGGAUGAUGGCAGUACAAAAUCUGAAAUUGAUGACGAGGAAGGGUUUAAAGGAUUUGAAAGCGAAGGUAUGGCCGGAGAUGAUGAGACGGACCCUUUAGAUCAACCACAGUGUGAGCGAACAGAAGAUCCUAUUAAUGAUGAAGACAACGAUAACGCAUGUUUUGAAUCAGAAGCUGAGUGGGAACCAGAGGACAACAAAACUAAGGUGUUCGUGAGUCAAUUCUUGAAAUGUGAAAAAAAUUUCCUAACAUUUAUAGAGGCCUACAAAAAGCAACCUCGUCUAUGGAAUUGGAAGCAAUAUCCGUCAAAGCUUAACUCUAGUAAAGAGCGUGAAAAAUAUUGGUCGCAAAUUGCCGCAGAAAUCCGAAAUAAUUUAAACAUUGAGAUUACCUGCAAGUACGUAUCAGCAGUAAUAAGACGAAUUCGAAAUGGUUAUGCCAUUAAGUUGAAUCGCCUCAAGUCAUAUGAGCAGCGUGGUGGAACACUUAAAAGCAGGAAUAUUCCUCAGUGGUACUUUAACAAGAUGCAAUUUCUAGAACCAUUUCUGAACAAUUAUUCCAUUGUAGAAAUUGGAGUACAACGGCAACCAUUGGAGACAGAAGAAAUUAUACAAAUUCUAGAGAUUUAUAAAAGAUUUCCACACUUGUGGAACACAAAUCUCGUAGAAAAUGUCUGCACAAAUAAACGCGACGAAGCUCUAAGUCAAAUGAUCGAGGCCUUACAGUCAGAAUUAUCAUUGCAGGUGGAUGAUGUAGCCCUCAAGAAGUAUUUGUACUGCAUCCAUGGCCACUUUACCACCGAGAAGGCCAAAAUGCUGCACAAGAAAACAUCGCCCAAAGACAUAUCGAUAUAUUACGAGCAUAUGUUGUUUUUAGAUGAGCAUGUUGGCCCCUUCUAUUGUUCGGAGUGUGGCAAAAAACAUAAGAAUCCUCUGCAGUUAAAAGUACAUGAAUCUCUGUCACAUGGUCUGGAACCUUUAAAGUGUCCUCUCUGUGUCAAAACCUAUACCAAUGUUCAGGCUUAUACAUUUCAUGCCCGACGACAUAUGAACGAUACCAGUGAAGUGUGUAGAGUUUGUGGGAAAACAUUUAUAAAAGUUGUAGAUCUUACAGCCCACAUGCGUGGACACAAUGGCAUUAAGCCAUAUUUCUGUGAAAUAUGUGGCUCUUCGUUUACUAUGCCAUCGUCAUUGACCGAACACAAGAAGCGACACAGUGCCCAAAAUAAAGAACAUUGUUCAAUUUGUUCCAAGGCGUUCUUUAGCAAACGAAGAUUAAAUAUGCAUCUGUUAACACAUUCAAAUUCGAGAAGUUUCGUUUGCAACAUCUGUGGAAAGGCCUUUAAAACUAAAAAAACAAUGCGAGCCCACGAAACAAUACAUGAAGAUAGCCGCAAUCAUCCAUGUACACUUUGCGGUAAAAUGUUUAAAAAUAGAAUUGGUGUUACGCAGCAUUUGAGAACGCACCGAAAUAAUGCCGAUACAGCAUCAAAUCCUUUUAUUGGUAGUUGAAUGGAGAAUAAGAACAAUAUAUGUUAUUUAUGUCUUUUUAAAUCAAAUAAGAUAUAAGUACAUAUGAAGUCCUGGUUUUUGUAUGACGAAUGUGAAAGACAAACUCCAUUCCAAAUUGGGCUUAAGUGAAAAAAAAAAACAAAUACAUAAAACUUAUGGUGUUGGUGGUGAUGGUGUUUUUCUGCAGUUUUACUUUCGUAUCGUCAUACAAAAACCAGUCCCCAUUAGUUUAUAACU